UGCUAGGUUAGAGAUGGAGCAAAUUGUUUAGGAUCAAGAAAGUUUUGACGUGGAUAUCACAUCAGAUAAUGGACAAGCAGUCGGUAAGUCCUGCAUAAGUGGCAGACGCGGUGACAAAUCGUGGUAAAGAGGAUCUUAAUGCAGUUUGUUGCACAGUAAUCGAAAACCAAGUUGUUUAUGAGGACUAGUGGUGCCUGUAUCUAUGGUCUCCAACAUUGCUGAGCUCACACACACAUGAUAGCUGAAUGCUUAGUGCUGGAAGGCUAUAGAGUGUGACGGGAUGCCAGAGGUAGUACAGAAUCAGACAAAUUCCCCCAAACCGCCACGGCGGAAGAAAAACAAGGAAAUUCACAAUGCAGUGGAAAGGCAUCGUAAAGAAAAAAUCAAUACUGGCAUUAAUCGGAUUGGGGACCUUUUGCCUUGUUCUCAGGCCUUGAAGCAGAGUAAGAAUAUGAUUUUAGCUGAGGCUUUUCGCUACAUCGGUGAACUUAAGCGGCAAAAUGAUGAAAUGCUGCUUAAUGGUGCAGAAGAAGUCCAAGCGGAGGAGAUUAAGCGUUUACGGUGCCAGCUGGAAGACUUGCGCAAAGAAAGUGCACAUUACAUUGAGCUCCUCAAAGCUAAUGGCAUAAAUUUCCUGGAUGAUCCGACCAUUCACUGGAAAGGGAAGCAGCGUUGUGCAAAAGUAGCCAAAGUAACUCCAACUCACUUGACAAAUGGAAUAAUUGUGUACUCCGAUGGGAACAAUUCACGUCCUACAAGCAAAGUUUCAGUUCCAAUAAAUCCAGCUUCUCAUCUUGAUAAACAACCAACAAAUGCUGUAACAGUCCAACCGUCAUGCAGUAUUGCUUUGGGUACAAGCCAAGGUGUUGGUAUUACAAAUGGAGCACCAAUAAACAAAGUUGUCAUUUCCUCUGGUGCUUCACACAUACCUGUAGCAACUCUUAUUCCUGCAGUGUCCAAGCCAUGUCUAACAGUUGUGGAACAAUAUUCCCCUUUCGCACCAACCACUCCAAGAUUGAACCCAUCUAUGAAUUAUGUUACUGUUCAAGGUCUAUGUUCCCAGGCUGCAGUCACCACCCCGCUCCCUCCACAACGUCAGCCAGAUAACCCAACCCCCAGUCUCACUUCUACUACCAGUCCAGCCAAACCUCUCAGACUUCAGCCUAUGCCUAGCCUGUCUUCACUGCCUCAAGUUGUGAUCAGUAACUCUGUGGCUCCUGCUGCUGCUGUUGCUACCGCUGUACUCUCACAGAAUUCACAAGUUCAAACUGUUAGUCCUAUACUACCAGCAAGCUCUACCCUUCUUAGAACAAGUGCAACAAGCAGCACCCAGACUACAUGGACAACACUACAGCUUGCAGGAAAUACAGUGCAACCUGUUUCUCAGGCAUUGGUCUCAGAUUGUGCCAGCAAUUCAGAUAAUCUUCACCAACCAUCUUUAUGUUCAGUGGGGACAAAAUACUCUGGGCAGCCUACUUCUUUCCAACUCCAACCACAGAUUCCUAUGCAAGUGCAGGCCCCAACACAAUCAAACAUUCCAGUUCAGUCAUCUGGUCCAAGACCGCCUCGGAUAUAUUCAGCAGUUCUACCACAGUCUUCACUUUUGUCAGCACCAACCGUUGCAUCCCAAGCUUUAGUGCUCCAGCAACCAUCUGUCGAAUAUCAGUCAGCCCAGUUGGCUCAUACACAACCAACUGUUCGGGCUCAACCUGCAUUAUUACCAAGAACUCAACAUAACUCUAACACCACCAUACAACCUAAACCUCCGGUUCAGUCUGCUAUGCCAUCUCACCCACCUUUACAGCCUACAGUAGUACCCCAUGUCCAGUCUGCCGUUGUGCCUCAACUGCAUCUCAGUGUGCUGCCUCAAGCUCAGCCAAUCAUAAAUCCACCAACCCAGCCUGCCCUUGUGCCUCAGCCUCAAGCUGCUACACUGCCAGUGUUACAGACAAUGCAGGUAUUGCAGGUGAAUUCGGAUGAAACACCAGGUGCUGUGAGCUCAUCCCCUCAAAAUAACUCUCAUGUUGUUAUUCUGCAACAGGGAAGUUCGUGUCCAGCACCACAGGUUCUUAGAGAGGAGAGCCAGCCACCCUGCCAGCACAUAGUCAUAAUUCAGGCACCUACACCACAAAGUCAUCACACUGCCAUUGUGUCAACUGCAUCCCCAACUUUAUCUGGUCACUUGUCCACCUCAAAUACUAACUGUACAAUCAGCAUGCAGGCAGCUGGGGCAAAGCAGUUGGUAAACAUUCUCCCACGGCCCUCAACGCAAUUGCAAGCACAAGCACCUCAAACAAUCACUGUAAAUGGACAAGUAUAUGUUUUGCAACCAGCAAAGUCACAAGAUAAGGGCAUUUCUCAGUCUGGUCAAUGUGUGUCUCAAGUUCUUCAACCUGCCUGUGAGGAAUCCACCUCAAAUGUGGCCAUGAAUUGUUUGGGUGCUUUGACCAGCCUUAGUCAUAGCAUUUCAAAAGUUUCAAGUCAAAGCAAUUUGCAAAUAUACACCAUCACUCCACCGUCUUACACUACAGUGCAACCUGCUCUUCCAUUGUGCGGUUCAGACGUCACCCCUUGUGGUGAAACAGUUAUUUCCCCAUCUGUUCCUGUACCUUCAAAUGCUGCUGGCAGUGCGGUUAAAAUCCUGCCAAAGAAAAGUAGUCUGACCUCUGGAAAUCAAACCAGACAAAGCUCAGUCAGGAGAACCAGAUUAGUUAAGCGAAAAGAACGUGGACAGAGCAUGCGUAGAAUUGCUGCAAAAAGUAAAGCAUCUGUUGCAAUUACUACUAAUUCAAAUAAUUUGGGUAAAGAUACAGUUAGUCAGUAUAUGAAUACCCCUGACAGUGUUAGUUCAACAAGUAGUGGUUCUGCAGUCAUUAGUGUCAGUUCCUCAAGUGAAAAAUCUAAAGAGAGUUCUGUCUUGCCUUCAGAGAGUGGAUCUGUUGUUGAGCCCUCAAUGCUUGAUGGAGAUACUUCAAAGACUGCAGCAAAAUCUGUGGACAUUGUCCCCUUGUGUAACAGUGUAAUGGUUAGUAGUGUUAGUUCACCAACAAGUUGUACUCAAGGUAGCGUAGUUGUAACCACAAAUUAUGACAGCUUCAGAAAGGAAAUAUUGACUCCAGAUAGCACUCCCAAUCCUAAUAACUCAGCUGUCAGUGUUGCCUUCUCUUCACAAUGUAAUACUGUGGAUACAGUUGCAGCUUCACUUGCCACAUCAAAAGUUCAUGUUAACUCCUCAUACAGUGUUACAUUUUGUAGUGAAACCGACAGUCAAAGUAAAGAAAUUACCAGCAAUGUUUGCACCAGUAAUAAAGGCAGAUCAACAGAAUUAGAGCCCAUUUUAGCAAAAAGAUCUACUCCACAAACCAAUGUUAGUUCUACCCAAACCAAUUCAAUAGUCAAGUCUGUACAUUUUGCAUCUUCCCAACCCCAAAUAUCAAGUGAAAUGUGCACAUCCAAUAGACGCUUAGACAUUUGUGCUGUAUCACCCAGAGAACAAACGGUUUCCAUCUUGCCACGUCAGAGCAUUUCUCAAAUUCAAGCUAAGCCCACUGGGGAACAGUUGACUGGCUCUUCUCAAAUUCAAACAUCAUGUAAUGUGCCCUCAACUUCUGGUUCUAAACCUAACACCUCUUUGUCAACUCCACCUGUUCAGCUUCCAGACACUUCUAGGAUUUCAGAUCCAUUCAAGUCCCUAAAACAGACAUCUGCAAUGAAUACAUCAAUGGCAACCACUCGUGGAAUUGGUACAGAUUUCAAGUUGCCUGACUCUAAUAUGAACAAACAACCUGGCAAAGAUGGUCAGUUUAAUGGUGUCACGGAGAAAGUUGUGACAGAAGUAGGUGCCUUUGCUCAAAAAGAGAUGGUUGCUCCGCAGCAGGAAUGUCCAUUGGAAAAUGACUCCUUUGAGCCCCCACAAGGAUCAAGUAGACAGACUGAUUCACCCCUGGCAGGAGGUUCAGGUGGCAGAGGGUUUUCUGUUGCUUCAUUGCUUCCAGCAGGCCACAACAUCAGUGCCUCUUCAAGCACAUUCGGUUCAUUCUCUUUUACCUCUGAGCAGGCAGAAAUAUUAGCUAUGGCUGCAAGAGCCAUUUUUGAACAGGAGAGCCCAGGCAAAAGGACUGCUGUUUGCAGUGAUAACCCAACAACUACUGCUUCCACCGGGUGGGACCUUCCAAAAAUGCUGCCAACCCCUUCUGCCAAGGAGAGCGUUAACGACCACCAGGUUAAAUUGACAGAGCAGCAUGAUUUACCCAUGUCAAAAACAUCAUCUCAGGUUCCUGGACGAGGUGCUGCAAUUGAGCCAUUGGUCAGUGGCACCACUGGCAUCAGGCAUUCACAGAGCAUAGCUUACUCACAGUCUCAGCCUAGUACUGUCACCAGUCUUAAUGUUAACAACCUCAUCAGAUCAAACUCUAGCCAACCUUAUCCAGGAUCUCCUAAUCUUGCACAGCAGGUUCCUGUUCCAUCAUCAGGGAGUUCUACAAUAAUGGUGUCUCAGUCUUCCUCUCAAGUUCCCCCAACCUGUUCUGGCCUGUCACAACUUAAUGAAUAUGCACCUUUGAAGAAUGCUUUGAUGCGAACCCAUGUUGGUGUAGGAAUGUCAAAAAGGUCUGCCCAAGAUGACCUUAUUCUUCCAAAUAAGCGUUCAAAGCUGUGUCCACCAGGAAAUGUUUCAAGAUUAGAUAUUAAAGCUACUGAUCAUGUCCAAAUGAUGGUUAGUCAGAUGCCCUCAAGUACUUCUGCAAUUAUGACAAGGAAUCACUCAGAUGGUGUUGGGCCUCUCUUUUCUGGUAAUACUUUGAUGAGCACUAUUCUUCGACCUACUGAUGGGCACUGCUACACUCUGGUGCCAACACAUGAACAGACUCAGCCAAGUGUGGUGCACCUACAGCAAGGGCAUGUGCAACAUAACGCUUCACAGUCUGGACAAAACAUGGGUGGAAACCCCUAUCUCAAACAUCAACAACAGCAAGAACAAAGGCACCUUUAUCAGCUACAGCAUCACCUAACCCAACCAGAAUCUCAGAUCCAUGGUAUUCAUCAAAGGACCUUGCUGCAAGACCAGCACGUGCACAAAAAGAGAGGAGUAGUGCGUGGUAGCCAGACAGGACAGGUUAAUUUGCAGAAGCAACACCAUUUGGAAAAGACUGGUGUGCAGCAACAUCAACAACAACAACCUCCCCAGCAACACCAACAACAACAGCCUCCCCAGCAACACCAACAACAACAGCCUCCCCAGCAGCACCAACAACAACAGCCUCCCCAGCAGCACCAACAACAACAGCCUCCCCAGCAGCACCAACAACAACAGCCUCCCCAGCAGCACCAACAACAGCAGCAUCAGCAGCAACAAUCUCAACAGCAUCAGCAACAACAGCAGCAGCACCAUCAACAGCAACAAAAAGCACAACAGAUUCAACAACAGCAACAGUCACACCAACAGCAGCAAAUGCCACCACAGAAUUCACAUUCACGCCAUCAGCAUCUUCAGCAGCAAAUUCAGCAGCAGCACUUUGGGUCUAGACAAGACAAAAAUUGUGAGGCACAACAGGCAGGUCAAAGGGGACAUCAAAACCAACAUUUGGGGCAGCCCGAGCGAACACCUGGUCAGGAUCAUGGACCUAUGCAACGACUAAUGGGGUCUCGUUCAGUGGAGCAGCAGUUGACCUCCCAGGCUAGCAAUUCUGUUUCUCGCUCCUCAGAUCUUGCUUGCACUCCCUCACGUCAGGAGCGUCACCGUCUCUCUAGUUAUUCAGCAGAGGCUCUUAUAGGGAAAACUCCUGCUACAGGUGAACAGCGUAUGGGAGUGCAUCUGCAAGCACCUCGAAACACACAGGACCAGUCAGAAUUACGAGGCUACGUAGACUCAUCGCGUGGUAAAGGAAAUAUUAAUCAUAAUUCUCAGAAUAGGUUACCCCCUGACCAUGCAAAUAACCCAGACACACAGAGAAUACAUGAGUGUGGACCUUUCAAGGCUCUGCUUAGUGGGCAUCAAAUGGGUAACUUUGAAGUCCAAGUGUCUCGAAGUGGUGACAUGUCCAGCAAGUCUGUACCCCAAAUCCAGAGAGGUCCUCAGUCCCAAGCAGGAUUCAGAAUGGGUGCCGGACCCACAGGAGAUGGACGUGCACGUGGAACGUAUUCAGGUCCACAUACUGCUGCUCAAGGCUUGCACAUUGGAGCAGGCUUAACACGAGAUCAAGAUGGAUGUCACCAAAGCUUUAUGCAAAGUCUUUUGGCACCGCAUAUUCCUGAGCAAACUGGGCAUCAAAGAUCAGCACAGGGUUGUACCCCAACGAGUAUAGACUAUAACUGUGUUCCUGGGACAUCUGCUACAGAGCUUCAAGCUAAAUCUUCUAGUCCCAAUUUACACCUUGCACAGAAAGCUCCUCCCAUACGUUUAGGAGACAAUAACAAAGGCCACCAUUCUCAAGUCAGUGGGAAUUUGCAUGGUCCACCUGUAAGAGCAGGUCCAACCCACCCCGCAACACCACACAGCAGUUCAGACACAGGACGUACUCAAGGCUCAGCCAGGUCGCUCUCGGCUAUUAGUCAGCGCCCCCAUCACAUUGGACCAGAUCCACAAAGCACAAAGAUCCGUCCAGGAGAUCGACCUCGGUCGAGCAACUUGAGACCUGGCAAUCCCUUUGAACCAGAAAGCUCACUGCCUCUUCCAUCAGGUGGAGGAGUGCUCAUUGGUCGUACCCAAACAGGAAGUGAAGCCAGACGAAGUACCAUUGUACGUUUUAUGGCAGACGGUGCACAGGUCAGCGGUGAAAACAAUUUGGUGUCUGAACAACAUCUCACCCAGAAUUUUGGUUUUCCCUUUAUUGCUGAAGGAGGAAUGAACCCGCCACCUCCUAUUAAUGCCAAUGCAUCUUUCAUCCCACCCGUCACACAGUCCAGUGUUUCUCGCACCCCAGCCCUCCUUCCUGUGGAACCCCAGAACACUCUGCCUUCAUUUUAUCCCUCGUAUUCCCCUGCUCAUCCCAGCCUUUCGAGUGAGAUUCCCUUACAGUAUUUCCCCAAUCAGAUGUUUACAAGCCCAAGCACUGACAAGAGUGCCAAUGCACCUCUUAACAAUCGCUUUGGUUCAAUUCUUUCUCCUCCUAGACCAGUCGGCUUUGCACAGGCUAGCUUCCCUCUUCUCACAGAUAUAACACCAAUGUCAAUUGCGAACUCAUCAGGCAUCACACCUCAUUUAUCUAACUUCAACUUGACCUCAUUGUUUCCUGAAAUUGCCACAGCAAUGCCUCCAGAUGGCUCUUCCAUGCCAAUGUCUCCAUUGUUGUCUCUUGCAAACACUACUUCCUCAGACUCAAAUAAACAAUCAAAUCGUCCAGCCCACAACAUCAGACAUAUCUUGGGACAUGAUGGGACCUCUGCUGUCUAAGUCUACAACAUUUAGAAAUACUUACUCAGACUGCUUGUAAGAAAUGAAUAUGUUUUUAAAAAUCAAGUAUGAUCUUAGCUUCCAUGUCAGUAUCACUUUUGAACUGCUGGGACAAAUACAUCAAAUCAUUACUGGUUGUCUGUUGGCUUUUGGUUAGUUAACUUUUAUUGCGUAACAUCUUGUACAAAUUGUCCAAAUUAUUUUUCUUAGAAAAGACCUUCCUUAUUUAAUAGAACAUAACUUUUAACUUCUUUUAGUGAUGCGACAAAACUGAAUGGGUAAUAAAUGCCGCAGCAAAAAAUGUUAUAACUUUGCAUUUAAUGCAAAUGUAAAUAUUUCUGUCUUUUUUGUAAAUUAUUUGUUUCUUCAAAUGUUAAUUUUUUUUUCUUCUGCAAAACAUAACUCCAAAAGAACUUUUACUUAUUUAUGAAAAUGCUUGCAUUGUCUGUAAAUAUUUGUAUAAAUAAUAAAGUUUCUAUCUAUCUAA